AUUUCGCAUCAAAACAGGGGUUUCUCAGUAUACCGGCCUGAGCGCAGCGCCAUGUUGGAGUUUCUCUUGAGCAAGAUAGACGUUCCUUAUCGGUACACGACCGUGGCCAGUUUUCUGGCGUGCUUGGCGAUACAGGAGGCGCUGAGUCCAUGGCUGUCCCGGCGGAUGACGUCGUCGUAUGCACAGCUGUCGUCAGUACAGCAGGUGGAAUGGGAUAACAGAAUCAUGUCCAUUGCGCAUGCGCUGACGGCAUCAUUCCUAUCACUCCUGGCCUUCUUCGUUGACGAGGGAUUGACACCAGAUGCUGUCAGAUAUGACUCCCAUAUUGUGCUGCUGGGUUCGGCCAUUCUUCUGGGUUACGCGUUGGCAGAUCUAGUUGAGACGUGUGUGCGACCACGUGCCCUGUGGACAACAGACAUGGUGUUCCAUCACGUGAUCUGCCUCUGCAUCCCGUGUGUCUACUUUAUGUACAGAUGCGCCCCCUAUUACGGAAACAUCGGGUGGAUGGCAGAGAUAUCUAGUCCAUUCUUACAUAUAAGACGAUUGCUAAUGAUGACGGGUUCGAAGAAGACGUCCCAAGCCUACAAGGUCAACGGCAUCCUGUUCGUCCUAACGUUCUUCGUCUUCCGGAUCGCCGUCAUCCCGUGGUUCUGGCACAACUGGCUAUUCCGGCUGACCGUCAAUCCGGAUUAUUACCUCCCCGAGAACGCCGUGCCCCUCAAUACCUCCAUAUCAGAAGGAAUCAUCAUGAACGUGCUGAAUUCUUAUUGGUUCGUGAGAUUGUGCAUUGUCACGUGGAGGCAUCUCUCCCUUUCAAAAGAACACGACGAAUGAGAAAUCAGCCAAUCAGCACAGACUAUUUUAUCAGGAGAUUUAAAACAGAAAGAAAAGCUAUCUAGCAAUAGGACACGGACUAUGUGAUCGAAAGGGAAAGGAGAAAAGUGACACCUUUAAGUUAGUCUGCAAAAUUAUAGAAUUAUAUGUACUAAUUCUGUAAUGUUACAUGAGGUUAUCAUCACUGUUCAAUUUUGUAUGUACGUUGUUGUUGUUUAACUUUUCCUGUCUUUUCAUGAUGACGUAAAGGUUAGGUUUUAAUCUAUUGUUUGAGUGCGUCAACAUCUAGUGUUGUAUCGAACGAUUCUGAAAUGAAAUUAGCAGGCAGUCAGGCACUUCUGACGCCAAAUGAGGUUUAUCCUAGUGAAUAAUUUAUUGAAUAUAAGAGAUACUGCAGUACCUCGUUUUGAUGUACCACAUUCAAUCUAACAUUUAGUAUGUCAAAUGAAGAGAUGCAGUUGAGAUUUCAUGUUCCAGCUGGACAUGCACACUUCGAACUGUGAACUGGCUUAUUCGUAAGUAUGUCCGUCACUAAAACGCUAUUACACAGGGCGUACUAUUUCGUAGAAGAAAAGUGGAGCAUAAAAUGUUCCAUAUCACUGACAGUAGAUUCCUUGUGCGUUGAAGGCGUUAUAAAGAAGUUAUAGUGUGUCUAGACCUAUUCUUGCAUUGUCAGAUUUGUACUUCUAGAUGAAAUGUGUAUUUUGGGACAAAGGAAGAUAUGAUACUGUAUCCCCGUGGUGAGUGUGGUCACGCUAGACAAGACUAAAUAGUGUAAGGAGGCUCACGAUUCUAAAUACGCAUAUGCAGAGAUAUGCAUUAUGGUAAGGUGAAGGCCCCUAAUACAAAACCAAACAUGUCUGGACAUUUCCGAAAAUAAUUUCAUCAGGUGAGAAAAACUGGCUGUGUAAAAAGAAAAGUCUUAUAUCCUAUGUUUGGCCAUUGUUCUGUUAACAAAUCUGGGGCCUACACAUUUGACGUAGAAACUACAAUGCAUUUCUUUACGCAUGCGUACUUAGGAUCAUGAAUCUCCUUUAGGACAUAGUGACCAAAAGUGACCUUUCCUUCAACUCCUAACAUGAACUUUAGCUGAUGAAAAAAAGUUGGCAAAAUACCAUUAUGUAAAUUUACUUGUACAAGGAAAAAUGCAGUGUUGCCGCCGGUGUAGUAAGUAAUCUAGGCUGUAUUUUAGAACAUUGAUUGUGUUUGUCUUGUUAUGUUAAUGUACAUUGGAAUUCGGAAGGUAUACACAUAAGAAAUGUAAAUUUUCAUGAAAUGUAUGUGCAAUACUGCAAAGAUUCUACAAUUUUUAUUGCCAUUUUGUUUUUAAAAGCACAUAAACAAUAAAUACUGCAUCAGUGCGAUACAAAAUGCUGCUAACAUGUAGAUCGACUUAUUCUGCUGGUCAUUGUGACUUUCGAGCGGAAUUUCUUGCAAUUUCAAAGGCAGAAUCAAUUUUUGUACCAAUUGUGAAAGCACUGUUCUCGCAAGUAGUGUACAAGUAGCCAUUACAAACCAAAUGUUUCCAAGAUGUAUUUUCGCUCUUAAUGUCCAAAGUAUGUUAGAUUCUCUGAAUAGAUUUGAUGUUCAAAUUGAA